AUGAACCGGCUUCUGAAUAAUGCCAUAACUCGUUCAACUGUAGCUAUUCGUGCUUCUUCGAAUUUAACAACAAAAGCACCAACCGCCCAAUCGAUCACUCAACAAAAUGCUCAAUUCGAUAAAGUAACUCAUACUGGACAAGCAUGGGAUCAAGCUGAUUAUCGACUUCAACGAUUCGACACAUCAGCUAAACAAGUUUGUUUUUUUGUGAAUUAAAAUUGAGAACCAUAAUUUUUAAAGGUAAAUCCAAAUGUUGCAAUGCAUUUGGUUGAUCAACGUCCACCAGAGAAUUGUGGUGAUAAACGUGUGAUUUAUUGCGAUGGAGGACAUCCAGCAUUAGGACAUCCAAAAGUAUAUAUCAAUUUGGUAAGUUCUUACUCGAAAUUAUUUCAAUUAUAACACCUUUCCAUGUUUUAUUUCACAGGAUAAACCAGGAGUUCACGCUUGCGGAUAUUGUGGCAACCGUUUCUACAAUUCACAUGUAACCCAAGGAGAAGAUCUUAAGAUUCAACACUUGAACUGCUAA